CUCCCGGUGCCUGGACGGAAAGGCACGACAUGAUCUGCAGAGCGAUGGAACCCCGGAGGAGGGUGAUGCAGCCUCUCCUUCUCAAACAGGUUAUUCUCUUCGGGAUCAACUUAGCUGCAGCUUCCAUCAAGGAUGAACAGUGCGAGAAACUUUCUCCAGCUACUAAUGUCACCGGUCCCCAAUGCUAUUCCUUAGUGGAUCUGAUAGGGACAUGUUGGCCUCGCAGUGCUGCCGGGCAGCUGGUGGCCCGCCCCUGUCCUGAGUAUUUUUUUGGAGUGCGAUACAACACUUCAAACAAUGUGUACAGAGAAUGCUUUGCAAAUGGGAGCUGGGCAACCCGUAUGAAUUAUUCCCAGUGUCAGGAGAUCCUCACUGAGGAGAAGAGAAGCAAGUUGCACUAUCGUGUCGCUGUCAUCAUCAACUACCUCGGGCACUGCAUUUCCCUGGCAGCACUGAUAGCUGCAUUUGUCCUCUUCAUGCGCUUGAGGAGUAUCCGGUGCCUGCGAAAUAUUAUCCACUGGAACUUGAUCACUGCCUUCAUUUUGAGGAAUGCCACAUGGUUUGUGGUCCAGCUCACCAUGAAUCCAGAAGUGCAUGAAAGCAACGUGCCCUGGUGCCGUCUCGUCACAGCUGCCUACAACUACUUCCACGUCACCAAUUUCUUCUGGAUGUUUGGCGAGGGCUGUUACCUUCACACAGCCAUUGUCCUCACUUAUUCGACCGACAAGUUGCGGAAAUGGAUGUUCAUUUGCAUCGGCUGGUGCAUCCCUUUCCCUAUCAUCAUUGCUUGGGCCAUUGGGAAACUCUACUAUGACAACGAGAAGUGCUGGUUUGGAAAGCGUGCAGGGAUUUACACUGACUACAUCUACCAAGGUCCUAUGAUACUGGUGCUUUUGAUCAACUUUAUCUUUUUAUUCAAUAUUGUCAGAAUCCUGAUGACAAAGCUUCGGGCCUCGACCACCUCAGAGACGAUACAGUACAGAAAAGCUGUGAAGGCCACCCUUGUGCUCCUUCCUUUACUGGGCAUUACCUACAUGCUUUUCUUUGUCAACCCUGGUGAAGAUGAAAUAUCCCAGGUAGUCUUCAUCUACUUCAACUCUGUCUUGGAAUCCUUCCAGGGCUUUUUUGUCUCCGUUUUCUACUGCUUCCUGAACAGCGAGGUCCGCUCUGCGGUACGGAAAAGAUGGCACCGGUGGCAGGACAAACACUCCAUCCGUGCCCGCGUAGCCAGGGCCAUGUCCAUCCCCACCUCUCCAACACGCGUCAGCUUCCACAGCAUCAAGCAGUCAACGCCUCUUUGAGGCUGCUCCAAACCAUGGAGCUGAUACUUUAGUAAAGUUGUGGGGGACAGGGCAUGACUUGGCAGUCGCAAAGACAGGAUUUUCAUUCCCCCAGAGUUCUGGCUCAGGAAAGUUCUCAGAGAUUGCUGUCCACAUUAUGUUGGCCUCUUUAUGUGAGAGAUCACUUGCAUUGGAAGCAAAUGUUUUGUAUGGCCAGAACUGCAAGUCUUUGAAGGAUCCAGUGGCUCUGAAACAACAGGAAGGCCAAGGCCUUCAACCCCAACAUUUAUUCCUUAGAAAGUGUGGCUUACAUCACUUCCUCGUGCCAUUUGGAGCUCUUUGCUCUCUUUGCUUAUAGGUCCGGGAAAGGCUAUCAAAUCACUGUGGAAAGAGCAGAGGGGUGGAUGGUUCACUUUCCCGAGUACAAAACCUGGGAUGUCAAAUAAUUCCCCACAGGCGUUGGUUGACAAGCAAAACCAAAGGAAGAUAUUCUUUUUAGAGCAGCAAGACCAAACUUGGGAACUCCUUGCUACAAGAUGCUGAGAUGGCUAUUAGCAUAAAUGCCUUUUUAAAAAGAUCUGAAGGAUUUGUGAAGGACAGAUGUGGCUAAUAUCCAAUAAAAAGCCAAAAGCAUAAAUUCCAUAUUCGGUGCUGCUGCCUACCUGAUCCUGGGGAUUAAAAAGAGCAGGCAGACAUCCCCAUCACGCCUGUCUGUGAACUUCCUUAGGACAUCUCUGUGACUGAUGCUCAGAAUCCUGAGUGGGAGCCUGCAGUACCAUUCCCGUGUCCUUGCUCAUUCAUUCCAGCAGCAGCAGGUGCUGCUGCUGCUGCUGCCAAAACAGAAGCUGAAGCCUUUGGAAUCCUCUGCCUCAGCAAGGCAACCCACCCACCCAGUAACUCCAUGAUCCACUCAAUAGUUGUUUGGGUUUCACCAAAUUUCUCCUGUGGAAAU